UUUCCCCAGCCAGCUGAACCCAAAGGCUGAAUGGUGAAGUAACCAAGGCAGUUGAUGACUUGAUGGAGAAGAGUGCAUACACUAUGGCCACCCUGGGCCUGGAGGCCAAGGAUGGCCUUCAAUCAAAGCGGGAUUGUGGCUUCUAUAUGAAAUAUUUCUUCCUCUUCCUCUCCCUCAUCCAGUUCCUUAUCAUUUUGGGAUUGGUACUCUUCAUGAUCUACGGCAAUCCCCUGGAGGGCACCGAGAAACACCUCAAGGGGCUGACGAACCAGCUGCAGGAGAGCGACAAGAAGAUCAAAACCCUCAGCGAAGAGAUUGGCAAACUCAAACGCCAGGUUAAUGCCACUGAGAAGGAUGCCCGUCUGUUACAGACUCAAAUAUUCAAGUUAAACAGCAGCUUGAGGACUUGCAAUUAUGAAAAGACAAAGCUGCAACAGCAGCAGCAGACCAAUACAGCAGCUCUCUUAGCAGCAACCGAUUGUAAAUUCAGCUUGCAGCUUGCGAAUAUCACUUGCGACGCGAAAGUGAGUUCUCUGGAGAAGCAUCUGGUGGCCUUGGAGCUGAAGAGCCAGAUGGAGCGAGACAACUUAAGCCGGGACAGCAAGUCCUGGCAAGAGAAAGCCAAGAAGGCAGAGAAAGAGAAGAAUGAAUGCCAGCUAGCCAAACUCCAGCUGGAAACGCGGGAACAGAAGUACCAGGAGCUGAAGUCUAUAGUGAUGCAAGAGUUAGGACCUGUUGUUCCGAACCUGAGGACUUCAGCGGAGCAGCUGUUGACCUCCUAUGAGAUCCGUGGCUGUUACCGACACGAGAUUGAAAGCACGUUCCGCUCUGUCUUCAGGAAUCUACAGACCCAACUUGAAACUCUGGCACAGAAUAUCGACCAUAAGGUCAACGAGGUGACUCGGGAGGUCGCCUUGUUGCAAAGCCAGAAGGCUGCCUGUAAGCAAAGCUUGCAGGAGCGGGACCAGCAGAUCAGCAGCCAGCAGCAGCAGUGCGAGUGGCAGAAACAGGCCCUCCGAGAAGCCUAUGAGUCUCAAAUCCAGCAAAUAAAAGGCGAAUACAGGAAGGUGUUUGAUGAGAAUGAAAGCCUGAAGCAGCAGCUGCAGCAGACCAAGCAGGCCUGCAUCAGCAUGAGGAUGAAUACUUUAGCUCCAGGCAACACAGGUAUGAGGAACCCGUCACCUUUUGGUCUACCUAAUCCAUUUGGCACCUCCCAGAGGAAUUUUGGGAGCAUGGGAAGUCUUGGGAAUCCUGGAGGAGCCGCAGCAAACUUUAAUACCUACAGCAAUCCAAGCGUUUUGGGGAGGGCAAGUUCACCUGCUCAACCAAGUUCUGGGACUCAGAGAAAUCUAAGCCCUGCUGAACAAAACAAAUUCCAAGAGAUCUUGAAGGCUGCUAUGGAGACUGGAAAGCUACCACACUCAGCACCGGUGAACCCAGUGGGGCAGCCCAGCACCUAAAGGAAAUGAUGACAAAGGCAAUUAAGAAUCCAAAACAGCCUGGGCAUAAGACUGAAGUGUUGAGUGGGGGAUCCAUGACUGGAAAACAUUCACCUCUGUGGAAAGACUUCAAGCAGCAAUAGGAAAGAGAAGCCCUGAAGGGCUCGGCAGCAGUGGGGUGGACACCAAGUUGGUCCUGCCCUCCUCUCUAACAUAACUGACAUUAAUUCUAGCUCAGUCUUGCACGCUGCUGUCUUUUACUGAUCCAACAUUGGCUUCCUUCAGUAUUUUUGGGACCAUUCAAGUAUCUUAUUCUUUCAUCUUCAUCAGGUCGAGGGUGAACCCUCCACAUCAGUCAUUCUGCCUCAGACUUCCUUACUUGUAGAGUUACUGUGAGGAUAGAAUGUGAUCCAUGAAACAUCAGCUAGGUGAGAUAUGAAUGCAAUCCGUAAAUAUUUUCAGUGACUUCACACAGCUACUACACUCUUUCAAAAUGAAAACGAAAAGGAUGGAAAUUGUAAGUGCACCCUUCACAUAAAUUAAGCAGCAUUGCUCCUGCAGUUUUGUAAGAUACUAUGGCAUACUUAUGUACAUAGCUUUAUGUAGGCAUGCACACAUAUAUUGGAGAAGUUGUGUUUCUCUUGAUUAUUAGCUGGGACAGAGACUUCAUGCUCACCACUGGCAUCUGAUUAUCCGGUGCUCAGGAACAAAAUCUUUCCCUGUGCUGUUCCACCACAGUUAAUUACAAUGAUGCCAGAUAACGUUAUCUCAAUAUGACCCUCUUUUGGGGUUUCUGGUGGCAUCAGGCUGGCCUGGUUAGAAACAGGACAGUGGCCUCGAUAGACCUUGGUUUGGUCAGUAAACCCUUCUUACAUUUGUUCCAUUAUAAUAACAAAAACUUUUGUGGAGGAAAAAAAAUGCUAUUUGCAAAAUAUAUCCCAUUCCAAUGUUUAAGAGGAGUAACACGGGCUAUGGAAGGUGCACGACUAAUAAACAUCAUACAAAAAUCUA